AUAAAAUGAAGGCAUGUUCUGCAAGCUCUAUUUGAACUCCUCACUUUCUGUUGCACAGCAAUCUGAGUGAGAACUUAUCCAGAGCCAAAAAAGAGAAAUUAAACUAACGGACUAAGCUGCGCCAGGAAAAGUAUUGGCUGUGGAAAACAGCCCCACACUGAAAAACCUGUUUCCGUAUUGUCUUCUUCUUGAAACUUUAUCUGCAGCCCACCAUGAACGACAUUUAUUCUGGAAAGCCCGAGAGCCCAAAAAGGCUUUCUGAUGAACUAAAAUCUGAGAGCAAAUUAAUAGAACAUGCUGGACAAAUGCAAGUUUAUAGCAUUCCUCUGAAAGAGCAGGAAGUCAAAAUAAAUGGGUGCAAGUUCUUCAGUUUUGGAGAACUCAGCAAAGUUGGUGGCAUAAAGCAAAGUCGUACCAUCCUGGUCCUUGGAGCCACGGGUGCUGGGAAGUCCACCCUCAUCAAUGGGAUGAUCAAUCACAUUCUAGGUGUGAAAUGGGAAGACUCAUAUCGGUUUAAGUUGGUGGAUGAAGAUGACACGAAAUCCCAAGCUCACAGUCAGACAUCUGAGGUGGUUGUGUACAAACUAAACCACAGGGAGGGAUUUGAGGUUCCCUUCUCUCUGACCAUUAUAGACACACCAGGCUUUGGAGACACCAGAGGCAUAGACAGAGACAGGGAGAUCACAGAGCAGCUGCAUAACCUCUUUUCUGAUAAGGAUGGCGUCAGUGAAAUUAAUGCCGUGUGUUUUGUAGCUCAGGCGGCUUUAGCCCGUCUCACAUCAACACAGAAAUACGUCUUUGACUCCAUCCUGUCAAUCUUUGGUAAAGAUGUAGCAGAAAACAUCAGGGUCCUAGUGACCUUUGCAGAUGGUCAGAAGCCACCAGUUCUAUCUGGUAUAACAGAAUCAGGCGUCCCGUGUCCCAAAAGUAAAGAUGGCCUGCCUGUUCACUUCAAGUUCAACAACUCUGCUCUGUUUGCUAACAAUACAACCUCUGAAGCAGAUGCUCAAAGUGAGGAUGAUGAAGAAAACUUUAAUCAGAUGUUUUGGAACAUGGGAACGAAAAGCAUGAAAAGGUUUUUUGCUGCUCUGAAUCAGAUAGAAACCAAAAGUUUGAUUCUGACAAAUGAGGUCCUGAUAGAAAGAAAAGAGCUGGAGAUUUCAGUUGAGAAUCUGCAGGUUCAGGUUAACCUUGGUUUGGCCAAAAUGGAGAUGAUCAGGGAGACAAGACACAAAAUUAAAGACCACGAAGCAGACAUAAGUAGGAAUCAAAACUUUGAGGUAACCAUACCCGUGAAAAGAUAUAAAAAGGUUGAUAUCUCUGGUUCUGGGAACUGCAGCACCAACUGUGGGAACUGUAAUGUCACCUGUCAUUCUCCUUGUACGAUGAAGUCUGACAGAAAACGAUGUUUUGUGAUGGACAGGAGUGAAAAAUGUACCACGUGUCCAAUGAAAUGCCACUACACACAACAUUUGUAUGAAGAGUACAUCUGGAAAUUAGUUGAUGAUUUCGAAACACAGACAGUAAAAGAGAUGUUGGAAAACUACAACAAAGCCACUGGAGAGAAGAUGACUGUUGAAGGUCUGCUGUCGGAACUAAAGGCUGAAUACAAUCUCAUGCAGAAAGAAGUAGAAAACUUGAUUGAAAAGUCAGCAACGUGUCUGAACAGACUGAAAGAGAUAGCCCUGAAGCCCAAUCCUCUCUCCACUCCAGAGUACAUUGAGAUGCUCAUUGAAGGAGAGAAACAGGAGGCCAAACCAGGCUGGAAGCAACGGGUCGAUUCACUGAUGAAAAUGAAGGAUAAAGCAGAGUUCAUGGCUAAAGUGGAGAAAGGAGAAAAACGUCUUCUUCAACAAGUGUCGCUUGACGUGACGUCUUAAUUCAACAAACACGCCAGUACAGCCAGUAGAGUCCAACUACAGCUUGGAUAACUUUGUUAAUUAUUCUGUCUGAAAACAGCAUUGAAAUCCUGUAUUUAAUCUUCCAACCUCAGUGUUGUAUAAACACAUUUUAUGAAGCCAGAAAUAAUUUCAACAAAGAAAUCUGUUUUAAAUAACAAUAUGCAAAAUGUCUCUGACUGAAUGCUUAAAACUUAUCUUUGCAUUAAACUAUUUUUAGCAGCACAGCAGCACCACAGGGGACGGUACUGUCUCCAUUCCUUUCUACUCUGUACUCUCUGACUUCCAGUACCAGACAGAUUCCUGUCAUCUGCAGAAAUACUCAGAUGACACUGUAGUCAUUGUGUGAUUUAAAGAUGGACAAGAAGCUGAGAAGUAGGGACAGAGCAGACUAGACUGUACCUUCUAAGGAAACUUAGGUCCUUCAUCAUUUGCAGUAAGAUGCUGCAUAUCUUCUAUAGGUCUGUUCUGGAGAAUUUGAUCUCUUCUUCCAUCCAACAGUAUUAGAGCUAAUGACAGGAACCUCGAACAGGAACAAGAAACUAAAUAACCUACUUUCUGAGCAUUCCUGCUUGCUCUACUUGUAGUCACUGGCUUUUAGAUAUUCUGUCAUCUUUCUGUUUCUCUGUUCAAUAGGAAACUCAUAAAUUUAAUCCUAACUGGCUUCCUCUUAAUUGUUUGCAUAGAUCACUUUUUUAUAACUCCAUUUCUUUUUUCUGGCUAGCCUUUCAUUUACACUGUUAUGAUGUUCUAUCAAGGUGCUAUAUGAUCAAAGGAUCUAUGGUAUUUUUAUCAAUUAUACGGAGAAGCAGCUUAUAAAAUAUUUCUUGAAUUUCAGUGUGAAGUUUCAUGUAUUUAUGUCUUUUUUUUCUUUAUCUUCCCCUGGUGUUUGUUGAUGAUUUCUUACUUGAUUGAGGUGUUUUAUUUUUGUUUUCAUUCUAUUUCUGCUAUUCAAUCAGUUAGU